AUGUGUUCUCCAGGUAUUGCUCCCCGAGUCGAAUUUCAGCUUCCGCGGCAUUUGGUGUUUGAUGGCGGAGGGAAAGGGACCAACCUCCCAAUUGGUAUCAAUUGGAAAGGGCAGACCAUUCCCUUGCUUCAAAAGAGCAUUCGAGCUCCAAAUACCACUUGCGAUGCCGCGGAGCUCAGUCAAAGCACUCUACAGCCGACGCUAACAUCCACAAACAGCAACUCUCCAGUGCAAUUCUCCUCGAACUUAGUCGAUGCUCUCCAAUCUAACUCAGAGACCGAUUCCACCCGCUCGAAAGCCCUGGAACUGGAAAUCCAAAACCGCGUCGCACAGGAGCUGCAGCGGCUUCGCGAGCGCGAGCAACAAACCCUCGCGCAGAUCGAGAAGCGCAUCGCCGAGUCCAAAGACACGACCUCCCUGCCCAUCACAGCAGCGACGGCGCCACUGGCCCCCUCGACCUCCGGCUACCCCGAGGGCUCUUUGAACCUGGACGCCCCACGUAUCCCCUUCGCAGGACGGCACCACGACCCGGCGCCCACAUACGCGGCGGCGGUGGAGACCGCUGCUCCGGCUGCGCCGGCUAAGCGUGAUAUCUCGCGGGACUCUGUGGCCGCGGAGAUCGAGCAGCUGCGGAGUAAGCUCGAUGGGCGGAGGAAGCUGACGGAACUGGACGAUGGCAUUGCCAAGGCUCGGUCGGAUGUCACUAGCUGCUUGCAGUUGAAUGACCGUCGGCCGUUGAACUGCUGGGAGGAGGUUGAUGCUUUCAAGCGCGAGGUUGCGCGUUUGGAGGCUGCGUUCGUGGAUCGCAUUGUGGGUUAG